AUGGUGGUUGUGGUCCAUUGUGGGGGAAUCUUUAUGUAUGGAUCUUUCAAACAUGUCGGUAUGGGCGGCGGCCGUUUUACAUCGGCUGUAAUACGAAGAGUUGUGCGAGACCGUGGGGCAGAAAGAGAGUGUGCGGUGAUAUUUGGCUCGUCUCGGUGUACCGCAACGAAGCACACCGUGUCCAGCGAGGAGCUUCGCGCCGCACUGCGUGUUUUUUCCCUCCCAGACGAUGCGACGGACGGCGACAUUAAAUUUUGCUUUCAGAAGCUUGCCAAGAGCAGUCACCCCGAUGUACUCCACCGCGACCAUUCCCACGAUCACGGCGACCAUGAAACGAAGUACAGUGGUGUCAACGCGGAGACAUUAAAGAGUGAAACAACGGCUGCAGACAAAAUGCGACGAGGUGUGGAAGCCUAUCGGUUACUAAGACAAUACAGCCGAGAGGAGAGACGUAUGAUUUUGUCUUUAUCUCGCGCGGAUGGCGAGGCACAGCAGCGAGCGCAACGCGCGUACGAGGGUCAAAGCCGCGAACAACGUCAGGGCACACAGGACGCGAGUAAUGGCACGACGUCAGGCCGGGGACGACGCCCAACGGCGGAAUUUAAUAAUUUUCAGCGGCGCAUGGAGAGGAUGCGGGAGGAGGCCCCACCGUGGAAUGUGUCGGACAGGCGGCGGCGGAGGGAGGGCGCUUUAAAUCGGCUCUCGUUCAUGUUUGGACCAAAAGGUCAUUCCGCUCAGGCAGCGAUGGAUCGUCUUUUCCGUGAAUAUCAGCGCACGGGCGGCUUGGGGGAUGGCCUGGGCGGCGACCCUGGCCGUCCCCAGUACCCUCCAAACUCAUUUGCGUCCACUUCAGCCGCAUUCAGUCCAGAGGUAGAAUUGCAGUUUAUGCAGCUGAGGAAGCAAGCGGAGAGGGCAGCUGUUGUGGAUGCGGCCGUAGGGUACCGUCUUGUGUUUGGGAUCUUUGCCCUUGUCUUCUUUGCCUUUGUGUGCAUGGUGUAUGCAACCGUGUCACGGCAGCGAGUGGCACGACGGGGUUAUUACACAACGGAAGCAUCAGCCACUUCCAUAAUGGCAAGUGAAGGAGGCGUAGGAGAAAAGGGGCAUGGAGAGGAAAGGAAGGAGCAGAAAAAAUAA